AUGGCACAAACAGUCACGCUCGACGCAGCUGGCAUCAACGCUCUCAUCGGCGUCUUCCAGCAGUUCCAACAACCCCUACCGGCGGCGCUCCACGGGCAGCCGAGGGCGCAAACGGUUCGUGCCUCCGGUCCGAAGCUCCGCGAACCCACCACCUUCGACGGAAAGUUCGAGCACUACCGGGACUGGAAGCACGAGAUUACAAACUAUGUCGGAGGCUUGGGAGACCAUCAAGCGUUCUCUUUGAUAUUGUCGUACAUUACCCGUUUCAUUUCCGCGAACACGAACGCUGCUGGUGCCUGGACGAUAGCGGACAAAGCCGCCUUCUGGACUCUCCUAGAUACCGAGUUUCUUCCCCUGAACGAUAAAUACGACGCAAUGAAGGCGCUUGAACGUCUUAAACAAAACAAUCUACCCGCGCAAUCGUUCUACAAUGAAUGGGAGGAUCUCAUGACCAGAUCAGGAGAAGAUAGAACGGCGCAGAUCUGGAUGUCGACACUACUCCAAGCCUUAAACCCGUACCUAGUCGGACAAGUCUUCAAUUCCGGAGUCAUUCCGGCCGACUACAACGCUUGGAAGACGCGC